AGUAAAGCUGCUAACAGCUAUUAUUUGUUUGAUAAAUUAGGUGCUUAUUAGCAUGUUUGAGUGAAAAAUUUCAAGUUUUUUAACCGAAUCAUUUUCAAUUGAAAACAAAAGAUGAAGCGAACAAUUUUAAUUUUUAUAUUGACUACCACCAUAGCAUUAACUGAAAGUGGUUUAAUGUGUAAUGUACAAUGGCCUGCCUGUUCAUUGACUGUUCAGAACAUAGUGUGUUCAAGAGAUGAAAAGUGUUUACCAACCAAAGGAUGUCAGGAUUUACCAAUGGAUCCAGAAUUUUCGAAAUUUAUAUUACACGAACACAACAGGUUAAGACAAAAGGUCGCUAGUGGACAAGAAACUAGGGGUUAUACAGGAGUUGCAUCCAAUAUGCACGUUCUUUCUUACGAUGAAAAGUUGGAAUAUUCUGCAAAAUGUAACGUAAAUAGAUGUAAAUAUGAGCAUGAUAGUUGCCAUGGUACUAUGAAAUUUCCAACAGCUGGUCAAAAUCUAUAUUUCUCAGCAAAAUCUGAAGAUGACUUAAAAAAUGCUGUCAAUGUAUGGUUCAAUGAGAUCGAUAAAAUCACUUCAAACGUUAUAGACAAAUUUCCAAAAGGUCACAAAGACAUCAGUGAAUUCGCUCAAAUAAUUUGGGCAACAACGACUCAUAUUGGUUGCGCAAGAGCCAAGUCUACAACUGAGGAAAAAUAUUAUCUAGUGUGUAACUACGGUCCUGCUGGUAAUAGAGCUGGUCAUUCUAUAUACAGCAGAGGAUCUGCAUGUAGUAAAUGUGGUUUAUUUACUAAAUGCAACAAAUUGUAUCCAGCAUUGUGUGGAGAUAUUGACCAGUCUUAUUUGGGAGACGGACGUGGGGGUAGAGGAGAUUUCGAGAAUAUUGCUGCGGUAACGACAAGCAGAUCAAGUAUGAAAUUGAGCUUUAGUAAUAGCGGAAGAGGAAAUAGCGUAAGCUCGAACGUAGUUCUAGGAAACGGAGGAAGUUUUAAAUUAGGACUCAGUGGUAAUGGUGGAAAAAGUAGUACAGGGUUGUCAACAGGCGUUAAUGUAGGUAUAGGAAACGGAAGAAAUAUGAAACUAGGAUUUGUUAGCAAUGGUGGAGGAAAAAGCGCAGAAAUAUCAACAGGUCUAGAUGUAGGCUUAGGAAGUGGAGGGAGUAUGAAGCUAGGUUUUGGUAACAGUGGAGGGAAAGAAAACGGAAAAUUAUCAACAGGACUAAAUUUGGGUGUGGGAAAUAGUGGUGGUAUGAAAAUGGGAUUUGGUGAAACUGGUACAGGAUUAUCCACAGGUCUUAGCUUAGGUGGCAAAGACAGUGGUGAAAUUGGAGCAUCAAUCGGAGGUUUUAACGUGAAUGUUGGUCUAGGAAGAGGUCAUAAUAAACAUAAAAAUGGUAAAAAUGAUGAGAAUGAAGAAGUGGGAGUAUCUAUAGGAAAAAUGGGUUUGGGGAAAAACAAUAAUAGAGGUCUAGAAAAGGGGCAGAACAUACAAAACAUUGUCAAUGGCGGUGAAAAUGAUGACAAUGGUGUAGAUGAAUCAGUAAUAACUGUGAAAAAGACGAUUGGGCUGGGAGCAGUAGCGCCAAAAUACUCGUCUUUUUCUACGACUCACAGAUCUUAUUCUAAAUAUUCACAUCAAAUUACUACAGAGCCCGUUACAGAUAUUGCAGUUCCCUUGAAAAAUGUUGGAACUUUAGACACAGAUUUGGCGGAUAUAAUAACUGAUACAGAAACCACUUAUAAGACUACACAAGGCCCAACCACACAAGAAUCGAAAUUAUUGAGAACCUCUGGAAAAAAUGUAGGGACAUUUUUAACAGAAAACAAUUCAAUAUUUCAACUUGAAUCAUUCACUAUCCCUCCACGACAAAACGUAACUGAAAAUUUGGCACCACUUUUAUUAGAACCACUAUCUAUUUUUACAUCAGACACUUCAUCAACUCCUAUUUUACCAAAUCCAUCCAGUAAACCAAAAACUGCACACAUAAUACCUCCACUAAAUUCGGAUCCAAAAUCAAAAUUACAUUUGAAAGUAAUAACUUAUCCACCAAAACCACCAAUGAUGUCAGAAAUAGUAAUUACACCUGAACUGGAAUCAAUAACUCUUCAACCAAUACAUAAGCAAACAGCAGAUUCACUAUCUGAGCUGUCUAAAUCUAAUACUCCAGUACCUAAAGCUAUGAAGUUUUCUUUGAAACCAACCAGAACUUCUGUUACACACAAACCUAGAUAUAGAGGACAAUUCGAAAGAACAACACUUUCACCAAAACUACCAAUGAUGUCAAAAAUGGUACCCUCAUCGAAUCAAAAACGAAUAACAAUCCAAUCUGCACGAAAACCUAUAUUGUCCUUUGAAAAAAUAACACUUUCGCCAAAACAACCUAUAACUCCGAAAUCAAUACCUUUACUAGAACUAAAUCGAUUAGCAAUUCAACCAACACGUAAACAUAAAGUAACCCUUGAAAAAAUAGUACUUCCACCAAAACCACCAACAAUCUCGAAUAUAAUACCCUCACUCGAUCCUGAAGAAAUCCACAUUCAAUCAAUAAUCGAUGAUAAAGUUAACCCAAUAGAAACGAUUGGACAAAUUUCUCCAGAAAUCAAGCACCCCACCUUUUCUAAUCAAAGUCUACCCAAUAUUGUUCAACAAGGAAUCGAUUCAAGCAAUAGUUUUCCUAAACAGAUCAUCACCUACAACAAGACAGAAAAGGAAACAGAUUCAGAAGCACCACUUGCAUUAGGUUUCAUUAAAUGGCAUGAAGUGAAAUGGUAUGCCUUAGGUGCAGUACUUUUAAUCAUUAUCAUUAUAAUCAGUUUUCUUUUGGGACGAGUAUGUCGAUCAAAAGGUUCGUAUUGGAUCAAAAAAGAGCUACCUCAACCAGUACAUGGUAAAAUAAGUAACAUAAAUCAACCAACUUUAUACUAUAAUGAGAACGACGACAAUCCCCAGACUGUUUUUUCAUAGAAACUUGUGUUCUCGUUUUUGGUGAGGAAUAAAGGUCCUUGAUUCAAGUGGAUUUUCAAUUAUGAGUUGAAUUUUAUACAUAACAUUAUACUUAAAAGAAACGUCUUUAUAGUAAGUUUAUUUUAUAAUUUUUAAUAUCUAAGUUGGAAUCUUGUUGUUAAUAAAUCCUUCAAACCUA